AUGACAGUUUCCUAUGCUCUAUCAGUGUCUUCUGCUCGAUAUUCCGCAUUUUUGAGAUUACUUCGAAAAUGGAAAGGAUCAGUUGUCAAGGCGGUUUGGGCUGAACUUCUUGUUUGGAUUUGCUUAUAUGCUAUGAUUUCAACAAUUAUUUUUUGGGUGAUUCCGAUAGAGUAUCGAACAGCGCUUAACAAAGAAGCUACUCGUUUGGACAACCUUCUCGGAAUACUGGAUAUUAAAUUCAUGCUUGGAUUCUUUGUGACGAUUGUGGUGGAUCGUUGGAAGACUAUUCUUCAAAAUAUCAGUUUCAUUGAGACAGUUGCUCUAUCGGUGAGCACAAUAAUCAGAGGAACAGAUGAUAACGCUCGUUUAUCCAGAAGAUCCAUCAUUCGAUAUUUAGUAUUAUCUCAGGCUAUGGUGUACCGAGAUAUUUCGAUGAGAGUUCGAAGACGGUUUCCCACUAUGAAAAGCCUAAUGGAAGCGGGAUUCAUAUUUGAGAAUGAGCUGCAUGAAUUGGAACAAACUGAGACUGGAUAUAAUAAGUAUUGGGUGCCAAUUAACUGGUGUAAUUCAAUUGUUUGGAGAAUGCAAGAUCAAAAAUACAUUGAGGCUCCGGUUUCCACCAACAAUGUUCUGAAUAUAGUUUUUCUUGCCGUUCGUAUUCAUUUUUUCUUCACAUUGUUCACAAGACAAUACAUACCAACGGAGACGGAAGAGUUUCUGUGGUACAGAUGCAUUCCCUUGAUUCCAGCCACAUCGUUUUUCCUUUAUUUGGGAUGGAUGAAGACAGGAAUGCAAAUAGUGGAUCAGAGUCAUGCGGAAUGCCCAAUUCUGAACAUUGAUCAAUUCUCAGAUCCCAAAUUUGGACCGAUGUAUCCAAGUAUUCUCCUAGAGCAUCCUCAUGUUCUACAGGGAUCAGCUGCAGAUGUUGUAAUUCCUGAAUCAGAAAAGACAAAAAUGGUUCAUGUGGAUAGUAAAACAAGUGUAGGUUCUACUUCUGAUAAAGAUCCGAUUUCGAUCCGAAGAAGGUUCCGUAGAUUGAGUAGUCGGCUGAAACUGGGCAGAAGCGAAUCUCAACCUCAUACCAAAACCCAGCAAUCUGUAAAAUCUCCAGGUGGAGAAAGUACUCACAGUGCCUUUAGUAAUUUACAAUUCGUGACGGAAGAAAAUGAAGAUCAAGGUCUCGAUUUGCGGAUAGACAUGGAGUCACCCAAAAAACCAUAA